AUGUCUACCACUGUUAAUAAUAAUGAUGCCUCUAGUAGUAGUACCUCUGCCUAUAAUAGCGCUGAAUCCUUUGAUUUAAGAAUGAAGUCAAUGGAGGAUCAAAUCAACAACCUUUCCCUAGUCUUUACAAGAUUCAUGAAAGAACCUAUGUUCUCAUCUAAUACCAAUUCACGUAGCCAACCUUCUCAUGAUAUCUCUGACACCGAGAAUGAACAAAGUGAAGAUGAAUCAAGUAACAAUUUCGAUGUUCCAACCGAUUAUCAAUUAUCCGAUACCUUAAUUGGUCAGUACAAACACCUGAUGUAA